CGUCACGUUGGGCAGCGUCGAGCUGGAAGUUGUUCUGCGGCGGCGGUGGGGGCGGUGGCGGCGGCGGCGGCUGAGGAAGAGGCAGAGGAAGAUGGCAGAUUUUUUGAAAGGAUUACCCGUCUACAACAAAAGCAAUUUUAGUAGAUUUCAUGCUGAUUCUGUGUGCAAAGCCUCGAACAGACGGCCAUCAGUCUAUCUUCCCACAAGAGAAUACCCAUCAGAACAGAUUAUCGUAACAGAAAAGACAAACAUUCUUUUACGUUACCUUCAUCAGCAAUGGGACAAAAAGAAUGCUGCAAAGAAGAGAGACCAGGAACAAGUAGAACUAGAAGGUGAGAGUUCAGCGCCUCCCCGAAAAAUUGCCAGGACAGACAGCCAGGACAUGAACGAAGACACUUAGGACUCUUGCUUUCCCUCGGCACCUUGUCUACAGGCGCUUCCUGUCUUGUUUCAUCAGUGUGUAAGCCCCUUCCCUCCGCACUAUGCAGCCCAAACCACUUCUGACUUCAUAGGAGCCAAUGUAUUUAUUUCCGUAAUUUUUAUUUAUGUUGUAAAAUGUAUGGAGUGAUGGUUAAAAGCAAGUCAUCAGAUGGUGUAGUGUAACAUUGGUAGAUGCUUUUUAAAAAAAAUACAUGGUCACUUUUUUUUUCCAGGUUUUACUAGAUCUGUUACUUAAUUAACGGAAGUAGCUGGGAAAAGCUGGGAGCCAAACACAGCCUUAUGUGUCUGUCCCCUCUAGGGCUCGGGCUUUGCCUAGUCCCAGGGUCUGGAGGUGGGGUUUUGGUGACAGUGUGGCCUGGGCCUUCUGGCCUUACCCACAAGCUUCGUCUGGGACCUGUUGGAGCUCACAAUGUUUCCUCCCAAUGGCAGGGCCCCUAGGAGGCCAGUGCGUUUGCCUGUUGCUCCACCCUCAGCCUCAAAAACUGUUGGGCCCCUUCCUCAUGGAGUUGGUCGGUUUAGAAGGUUCAUUUUGGGCUUUUCUUGUGCCCACUGGGCACUUGACAAAGGCUGCAUGUUGGGGCAGUCUUGAAUGCCCCAACUGCAGGGCCUCCAUUCCAGGAAGCUGGAGUUAACAACUCCUUUUUUUUUUUUUUAAUCCCCCCCCCCAUCAUUUUAAUAAGGACUGGCGUGUUCAACUUCUCCAAUCAAAUAAAAGGAUAUUUCUUAUCCCA